AUGGAGAAAACGAAGAAGGAAAGGAAAGAGAGGAAAACAUUAGAAAGUAUUUGUCUGGUUCCCAUUCAUACAACCAUAAACAUGAAGACUAUUGACGAUCAUAAUUUCCCAGAAAUUAUGAUCGAGUUUCGGUUAAUUUUUUCAUUGUUUGGUGAUAAGGAGGUCAAAAGGAAAGUUGAGAGACUUGAGAUUCCAUCAUUAGAGGUCACCAAAAAAAGAACACCAGCAGCUGCAGAUGUAUUUGAAGCGAGACCAACACGAACAAUAAACAGCCCUCUAUGCCCCAAGAACACGGAAAAUCCACAAAGCCACUGUGGGGAAGGACGUGGCAGUCACUGCAGCGGAAGCAUAAAAAUACCGCUUCAAAGUGAUAUCAACAUGCAGAAACGAGCAAAUAGAACUUCGCUGGGCGGACAGCUUUUCCUCUGCAUAAUUGGAUCAGUGCUCAGCUUCAGCAUAUGCAUAUGGCUAACAGGGUUCAGUGAAGACGUUCAGUGGAGAAAAUUGCUAUUUGCUUCCGGUGCUGCAUUGUGUGCCUUGCUUUUUGCUACACUUGCAGCACAGAUAAUGCGAAAGGCUAAACAAUCAUCUACAGAAGUAAUCAUACCGAAUUUAGCAGCCCGACGCUCAACUAUUGUAAGGAUAUCUAGAAAAUCGAUGUGUGAGAGCAACUUGAAUCAAAAAGAAAGUGGUACUACCAGCUUGCAGCAGUCUUUAAAUUUAAUACCAAAAGAUGAUGCUACCGCGAUGAUUGAACGAACUCCAUAA